AUGGUUUUCACCAAGUCUCAAGCGUACAGUAAAGUGCCGGACGAGGCCUUUCCCUUGCCGUCGCAUCGCAACGUCAGGACGUCGACUGCAUGGUGCAUCUUGCAGUCGUCGAGCCUGUUUGGCUCCAACAUCCUCGUGCUGCUGGUCAAUUUUGCAGUGGUCGUGACGAUGUGGAAUCAAGUUCGGGGAGUGAAAUCAUACUGCCCCGAGAUUCCCUAUACCCCAUCCAUGAAACAUGUGCGGUACGAGAUGACCCCGCUAGAUCUCACAUCGCGCACUCCCUACGCAGGCCCGCAAACCAGGGAGCUAGACCGCGCAUGGGAGAAGCUCCAAAUCAACGAGAUCUGGCGCGCCACCGCCGACGAGCUACAGCGCAGUGGCGCCUUCGAGCCCGGCAAGUCACUCCGGCUCGAGCACGGCGGCUACAUGGCCAUCAUGCGCAUCUACCACGAGCUGCACUGCUUGAACUGGAUCAAGCGAGAAUGGGAUCCUACUCGGCCCGUCAUGACAGACCAUCUUGACCACUGCCUCGACGGACUGAAGCAGGGCGCCAUGUGCAAGGCCGACCUGGCCAUCGGCUCCUUUUACUGGUGGCCAGACGACCCUGAGGCCCGCGAGGCUGUCCGUCGGCCAGACUAUAAGCGUACCUGCGUCUCGUGGGAUAGUCUGCAGGAGUUCCUGAAUAAGCGUCGCAUGCGCUUUGUCGAUGGCGUCCCGGAGUCGCCUCUGGAUGAAGACGGAAAUCCUAUCAUCGUGGUGCCUACCGACGGACUUCACACCCAGAAUAAGGAGAUUGGGAAUGAGGAUACCGACGCUCAUGAAGGUCUAUAG